CUCUAUUUUCCAGCUCUACUCAGAGUUCCUGUGCAGACGGUGAAGCACCUAACAGGAUCCUCAUGGAGGUUAUUUAUUAUAUGAGUCUUUGAAUAAGCAACCCAUUUUUUCUGCUUUUAUAUUCUAUUGUUUUUUUGUUUUGUUUUUUCAUUCUGUUGGCUGUUGCAUUUAUCAAGUAUGAAAACCUGGUGAACAUUUAGAAAAGGAUGCUGUGAUAUUCUGGUGAAUUCUGUGUGAAGCUGAUCUGAGUUCUACUUUAAGGAAAUGAAGGCUCGAAAAGAGAACAUCAAGUGAUAGAGGGACGUGAAAGCUUCAGAAGCUCAUAAUCUCACGGGCAUCAUGGGCUCUUCAUGCGUCGGGCUGAUGCUGAUGUUGCUCAUCAGUUUUCCGGGCUCCAGCGGUGCUUGUCCGCGGCAGUGCGCAUGUUCGGUGCCUGCUGAAGUGCACUGCACCUUCCGUGCGCUCCUCGCCGUACCCGCGGGCAUCUCUAAACAAGUGCAGCGCAUUAAUUUUGGGUUCAACACUAUAAAUCACAUCACAGACGUCUCCUUUAGUGGCCUUCGGAAACUAGAGCUGCUGAUGAUGCACGGCAACAAUGUGCAGAAAAUACAAGAUGGAGCUUUUCAGGAUCUUGUUUCCUUACAGGUUUUAAAAAUGAGCUACAACAAACUGAGAGUCAUUACCGGGCACACCUUCUCUGGUUUGACGGGCCUUAUUAGGCUACAUCUGGACCACAACCGCAUAGAGUUCAUCCACCCGGACGCGUUCAGUGGGAUGACAUCACUUCGUCUGCUCCACCUAGAGGCCAACCAUCUGCAAAAGCUCCAUCCUGCUACUUUCAGCACCUUCUCACUGCUACAGCGUUUCCCCAUGUCCAGCCUUAAGCAUCUGUAUCUCUCUGACAACCUCCUCCGCACACUGCCCAGAAACAUGCUAGAGAACAUGCCUCAGCUGGAGAACCUCUUCUUAUACGGCAACCCGUGGAGCUGUGACUGCCGGAUGAGCUGGUUACAGGAUUGGAGUGCACGAAAUUCAGGGGUGAUGAAAUGCAAGAAGGACAGAGCAUUUGCCGGCGGUCAGCUCUGUCCACUGUGCACGUUUCCUAAACACCUUAAAGGAAAAGAAAUCUCGGAUCUCAAAGAGUUUAUCUGCUCUGGACCAGCUAUCAGCUCUGGAGGAAAGAACAUCUUACAUGAGGACAGCAUCAGUGAACUUCUGCCUAUCGACAGGAUCAAACCACCUUUUGGAAAUGUCUCAUUUGGUUUAUCCGACGAGCAUGGGACUAAAGUGGACUUGAUCUGCCAAAUACUUGAACCAAGAGAGUCCACUAAAAUCAACUGGAAUUACACUAAAUCUCUGCAGAUCGCUGCUAACGUGACUCUCUUCUUUGACGUGGAGUGUCCUGUGGACAGAGACAGCUAUGAAAGCUUUUGGAGACUUCUUGCUUACUACAGUGAAGUUCCCAUGCAUCUGCAAAGGGAAAUCAUGCUGAGCAGAGAGCCAGAGCUGAGCUACAGAUACAGACAGGACAUUGAAAAGGAUUCCUUCUUUUACACUGGUGUCCGAGCUAAUGUUUUAGCCCAUCCACCUUGGCUCAUGCAGUCCUUCAUGAACGUCAAGUUAAACAGGCCUUAUUCCUCGUCCAAAAGCGUGAGACUCAUUCUUAAUACUCAUUUGACAACCACCUCAGACGAGGAGCUCGUCAGACCCUGGGUCAUGAUUGAACAUGACAAUAAAACCCAGACGAGCUUCAGUUCUGUUGUCGGUGGAGUGAUUGAAAUGGACUGCCGUGUGCAAAGCUCUGGAAACGCAGCCGUUCAGUGGAUGAUGCCCGAUGGGUUGAAGAUUAAAGCUGCGUCCAGCUCAUCCGACAACAGAGUGACAGUCUCUAGAAGCGGCAAGCUUCACAUUAAAUCUGUCGAGCACAGAGACUCUGGAGUUUAUUACUGCAUUGCUGAGGUUGCAGGAGAUAUCGAUGUUCUGCCUUUCCGUUUAUCAGUUAUGGAGUCUUCAACCCCUCUUCCAGGUCAGCAAGUUGGGAAAGCUUUAACCAAGUUUGUUGGCGAGCCUGCUUCGUUGACCUGUCUUACUAAGGCAACACCAGAUGCUGUGGUGAAUUGGAUAUUUCCAGAUGGCAGUGUACUGAAUGCCAAAGCAAAUAUAUCCAGGGCUUUAGUCUUUUCCAACGGGACUUUGUUCCUUCCUUAUAGUCAGCUUGACAACAACGGAUAUUACAAAUGUGUUGCCAUGAACCAGCAUGGUGUGGAUGUACUGGCUACUAAACUAACUGUCAUGAGACGGAGAGGAAUUCAGACACUUCGACGGUACCCCAUUAAACCGCAGUCUGCUGCGGGAGUGUCCACUAAGGUAAAAGCCUUUUUGGGGGAUGUGGAAGAUGCUUCUGGAGAUGGUUCUGAAACUCAAGACAGAAUUGUACCAAACAGAAGCUUUAUUAAUCGAAGGAGGGGUCCGAAUGCAAGAACACAAGGCGGCAUCCGCCGUAGACGGCCCUUUAGAAAGGGCAUGCAUGGAGAACAGAAUAGAACUGCCUUCACAAAUCCCAGAACUAUUAAUGCAAAGCACAAAAUAGACCCUCAGAAAUGGGCUGAUCUUUUGGCCAAAAUCCGUGAGAAAACAUCUCCAAAAAACUCAUCGAUUCACAUUGGCACUCCAAGGAAAAGUCUACAGAUGGUGAAUGAAGAUCAUCCAGGAUCAACUGACAACAACGAGAGUUCUUCUGGUGACUCCGGUCCACGGGAGGAAUCAAACACUUUCAGCACUCCACACCAAACGGAUGUUUACCACACGCAUACAAUUACACCUUAUAUUGAGACACAAAAUAAUAACAUCUACCAAACGGCAGCUCCAGAAUUACACACUAGUUCAGACAAAGUGGCUUACAUCUCAAAUCCCACAUCUGGACCUCAUUAUGUUAUGACAGAGGUGAACAUCGCCGAAGGAGGGCAUGUGAGCACCAUAAGUGCCAUAAAUAACCAAGUAUACUCCGGGUCUGUCAUCAAACCGAAGUCUGAGACAGAAAAUGAACUUAAUUUAUCCGGAAAGACUGGGGUGCAGACACAGAUUGGAGGUUUUGAUUCUGGACAGCUUGAAAGCACUUCAUUUUCUACCACAUCAACCGGCAGCAAUAGCCCACAUGCUCCAACAAGUUCAACACAAUCGAGGGCAAAAGAUCACUGGAGCUCGAGGCGAAGAUUUGGAGGCAGACGACGAAUAAAAUUCAGAAGGCCAUUCUCAAACCUUCCUACAAGAAGAACAUCUACAGCUGCAACUGCAACUAUGAAUACAGACCCUACACAACCAGCUGAAGACACAUUGAUACAUCUAGCUACUGCUAACAUUUACUCCAUAUCUCCAGCUGAAAGCACGUCAGUCAAUCCAACUAUCCCAGUAACUGCUCGUAUGUCUGAAUAUCCGACAACUACCCACAUAUACCCCACAACCCUAACUGAAGGCACGCCAUCUACUUAUCACAUUUAUCCCACAGUGCAGAGGGAAUUAACAAAUGCCAUUAACGAGGAAGAUACUGUCUCCAUCCCUGUUGAGAAAACUGGUUCAGAAAUCCACCAAGUGAAGGCAAGUAAUUUCCUCCAAAUUCAGGAGAUGACAAGCUCUAGAUCUCACCCCAUGAGCACAACAUCAGCAACAAUGGUUUCAGGGUUUGAAAAUGAAGACAUUACUUCUUUAGAGGAGGAAGAGGGUGAAAGCAUUGCAUCUGCAGAGGAGAUUGACGAGUACAUGGUUCCCAUGAGCGAAACUCCAACAUCUCGACUUGGCGCUGAAACCGCCCCACUGACAACUGCUCGGCAGGAGUUCACAAGCAUGCUUUCAACAGCGUUACCAAAAGCCAACAAAGAGAUGGAUCCACCAGAGAUCGUCUUUACAUUGGACACAGAUGAGCGGGAUGUCUCAAACUUACCUGAAUCACACUUUAGAGAUGUUCCAAGAGAGAAUGACACAUUGGAAGCGACUACUACUAGAGAAAAUAUUACUUCCAUAAAAGAAACUAUAGUCACCUCCAUGCCACAAUCCCGAGACUACCCAAUUUCACAACCAAAUCAAAACAUUAUAGAAGAAGAGUCAGUUUACAACAAGGUAUCUUUUUCCUCAACAACAGAAUCCACAAUAUCUGUUGGGACACAAACCGAGUCUUUAGCUACAAAUUCACAAAAGCGUACUCAUACUACUCGCAAUGAAACCAAUGUGAUUAACUUCUUACAACCAAACUUGAUUUCUAAAGUUGACCAAAGGGAAAGGUUAGUCCAUGAGCUCGAUAAACGUUUGAUUGUUCCUACAACAUCACUGAAUACUUUACCCACAAUUACAUUACCAGCAACUACAGUCAAGACAACCCAACUCAUUAGAAAAAUGACACCAUCUACUACACUGUCGACAACAGCCGCAUUAUAUUCUACUACUACUACUACACCUGCUCUAAAGUUAACACCCCGAUAUCCCUUACCAGACAACAGAAUCCCAUUUUACUCAAGAAAACCUGGAACAAACUACAUCGAUUCCAGGCACAGGGGAAGAUUUCCCAGCCCUAAUCACAGGUAUCCGUACUAUCAUAACAGAAACCCGUCUGUCAAUAUGAGACCCAAUAUUCUCAGAACACUUUCCAUGACCACCUCAUCUGUGGAUUUAAACUCUGUCAACAACAUCAAAUCCACUACAGCACCAAAAAUAUUGACAGCAACUGCUAGAUCAGCUGACUCAAGUCCCACAACUACAUCAAGCACCACACAGCCAAACAACCAAAUCCAGAUCCAUCAAUCAAUGAACAGACAGUCGAGUGCAGUUCUUUCAUCUCAAGGAUCGCAAACUCUUCCCGUCCUGCAAAUGAGACCCAGAAUCACUGCUGCCAAACUCCACACAGUGACUGUGAAUGCUGGGACAGAUGUGAAGCUACCAUGUGAUUCUGUGGGGGAGCCGAAGCCCCUCCUGACCUGGACCAAAGUCUCCACAGGAGCCGUCAUGUCGACCAAUACCAUAAUCCAGCGGUUUGAAAUCCAGUCCAACGGCACUUUUGUCAUCCACAACGUCCAGCUUCAGGACCGCGGGCAGUAUCUGUGUAGCGCUCGCAAUCUGCACGGCAUUGAUAAGAUGAUGGUGACCCUUGUGGUGUUGGCCCAAGCGCCCAAGAUGAUGAUUCCACGUCAUCAGGAUGUGACGGUGUUUCUAGGAGACGGUGCACUCUUGGAUUGCCAAGCACAGGGUCUCCCAAUCCCAAACAUUAGCUGGGUGCUUCCUGAUCGAUCGGUGGUUCGCACCGUUAGUGACAGUGAACAGAAGGUCAUGCUCUUCACCAAUGGGACGCUUCAAGUCAAGCACACCAAUUACCUGGACAAGGGCGUCUACAAAUGCAUAGCGAGCAAUGCUGCCGGAGCUGACAUGCUUUCCGUGAGGCUCCAAAUUGCAGCGUUGCCUCCCACCAUCCAAGAGCAGCGCUGGGAGAACCACACCGUCUCUGACGGCCAGUCAGCGUUCAUCCACUGCACCACUAAGGGCGCGCCCAGUCCAGCCAUCCGAUGGGUCACGUUUAGCGGCACGCAGCUUCGCCCCUCACAGUUCGUCAAUAGCAAUUUGUUUGUUUUCCCCAACGGGACGCUGUUUAUUCGCAGUCCUACAGAGGAGGAUUCUGGAAAUUAUGAAUGUGUGGCUGUGAAUUCUGUGGGCGUGGCUAAAAGAAGUGUAAAUCUGCAGGUGAGGAGGAACUCGACCACCGCCAGAAUCCUGUCUACUUCUGCACACAUCACUGUUGUCCGCUACGGAGGUCAGCUGAGUCUCAACUGUUCGGCCACUGGAAGCCCCAAUCCUAGGAUCAUCUGGAGGACACCAUCUAAAAAACUGGUUGAUGCAUUUUACAGCUUUGAUCGCAGAAUGAAAGUGUUAGCCAAUGGCACCCUCACCAUCGCAUCAGUGACCGAGAAGGAUGAGGGCGACUAUCUCUGUGUGGCCAGAAACAAAAUGGGUGACGACUACAUUCUCCUUAAAGUCAACGUGAUGAUGAAAGCCGCUAAAAUCGACCACAAGUCACUGAGCGAUCACAAGGUGUCAUACGGAGGAGAGCUGAAAGUGGACUGCGUCGCUUCCGGUUUUCCCAAUCCAGAGAUCACGUGGAGUCUUCCAGACGGUACCAUGGUGAACAGCAUCCUACAGUCCGACGAUAACUGGGUCCGAUCCAAGAGAUAUGUGAUGUUCGACAAUGGCACGUUGUAUUUAAACGAAGUGGGAAUGAAAGAGGAAGGCGACUACACGUGCUACGCCAAGAAUCAGAUUGGGAAAGAUGAAAUGAAGGUUCAUAUCAAGGUCUUGGCGGAUGCUCCGAUCAUCCGAAAUAAUGUUUACAGUGUCAUCAAAGUUCCUUACGGGGAAUCCGCCGUCCUCAACUGCAGCGCCAAAGGAGAACCGACUCCCACCAUCACAUGGACAUCUCCGGUUCAACGCGUCAUAGUGCCAGUAUCCGACAAGUACCAGGUCGCCAACGAUGGCACCUUGCACAUUCAGAAGAUCCAGAGGUUUCACACCGGAAAUUAUACUUGCUCAGCCAGGAAUGUUGUGGGAAUGGACAAGAAAGUCGUUUAUGUUGAAGUCCUUAUGUCAUCGCCGGUCAUCAACGGAUUCGAGAGUCCCGAGAUCAUCCGUAAAUCUGUCGUGAAAGAUCAGCGUGUGCUUUUAGACUGCAAAGCAAGCGGGAGCCCAUUUCCAAGGAUCAUGUGGGUGUUUCCCAACAACAUUGUUCUUCCUGCUCCGCACUAUGGCUCUCGGAUCACGGUCCACCUCAACGGAACGCUGGACAUUCAUUCAGCGCGGAUAAGCGAUUCUGUUACCCUGCUUUGCAUUGCACGCAAUGAAGCUGGAGAAACCAAACUUCAGGUUCAACUUGAGGUGACUGAGGAUGUUGAAAAGCCACGUUUGAGAAGUCCGCCUACAGAGUCCAUCCCGCUUACCAAUGGGAUAUCAGUGAGUCUAAACUGUUCCGUAGAGGGAAGACCAACUCCGGAGAUCACCUGGAUUCUCCCCAAUGGGACUUCUCUUCUCAGGGGAACCAGCAUUUUCCGUUUCAAUCACCAGUUUGAUGGAACGCUGGUCAUUAGAGAGCCAACGGUUUCCGAGGUGGGCCGAUAUCGCUGCGUUGGGCGCAACAGCGCCGGAUAUGUCGAGCGGACCGUGAUGUUGGAGUCCAACAGAAAGCCAGACAUCGUCAACCAAUACAGCUCCCUCGUCAGCAUCGUAAACGGUGAGAAUCUGCAGCUCAAUUGUUUGUCCGCUGGUCAUCCGUUUCCCAAACUCACGUGGACCUUGCCGAACGGAGUCGUCCUAACCAGGCCGCAGGCGACAGGACGUUAUGCUGUUCUGAAUAACGGCACUCUGACUGUCCAAAGGACGUCUGUGUACGACAGGGGAAUGUACGUCUGCCAGACCGUUAAUGAACACGGAUCUUCCAGUCUGUCGGUUUCGGUGAUAGUAAUCGCGUAUCCUCCGCGCAUAACCAGUGGACCCGCGCCGGUGACCUACGCCCGGCCGGGUGUGGCGGUUCAGUUAAACUGCAUACCUCUUGCCACACCUAAAGCCGAGGUGGUUUGGGAAAUGCCCGACGGCCUUCAGCUGAAGGCUGGCGUCCAGCCGCGUCUUUACGGAAACAAGUAUCUCCAUCCGCAGGGUUCACUGGUCAUUCAGAACCCUUCCAGCAGAGACAAUGGCGUCUAUAAGUGCACCGCCAAAAACGUGGUGGGUAGCGACAGCCGAUCAACUUACGUUUAUGUGUUUUGAUACGAACUGACUAACUUUACAGACAUGCCCGAAGAACUGCGUUAGUAAUGUAAUGCUGUUUAUACAAAAACAGUGGUCUUUUGGAAACACAGUAUGUGUUUUGAACACUUUCUACUGACCGUCUUGUAAAUAUGAAAACAUGAUAUUUUAAUCCACUUCAAACGAAGCAAAUCGGAGAGAGAUGCAAGUUGGUUACAUUAAUGGAUAUGUUCUUGGGAAUUAAAGGGAUAGUUCACACAAAAAUGAUGUAUGAGUUUCUUUCUUCUGUUGAACACAAAAGAAGAUAUUUUGAAGAUUGUUGGUAAUGAAACACGUGACGGUAGCCAUUGACUUCCAUAGUAGGAAUAAAAAAUACUAUGGAAGUCAAUCGUCUACUGUCUGGUUAUCAGCAUUCUUCAAAAGAAGAAAGAAAUACAUGUUUUAAAGAACUUGAGGGUGAGUAAAUGAUGACAGAAUUUUCACUUUUGGAUGAAACUAUCCCUUUAAAUUGAUACUCAAUCGGAAUUUGCACACAUUGAAUUUUCUGCAAACUUCACUAAUUCCUACACAUGCUUGCUUGUUAUUUCAUGUUUUGGAUUUUAAUUGUGCUUUCAUUCAUCAAUAAGGGCACAGAAGCAUCAGCACCAUUUAACACAUUUUACCAUUAAAUUCAUUUGUGUAACUGUACAAUAAGGUCCCAUUAGUUGAUGUUAGUUAAUGCAUUAAUUAACAUUGACCAACAUUGGUGAAUCUUGCAGAUUUUCACUCCAUUUAGCAGAUGCUUUUAUCCAAAGCGUUAGUGACGGAAAUGACUGAUGUGGGACAAAUGCAAGUCAAGUCAAGUCAAGUCACCUUUAUUUAUAUAGCGCUUUUUACAAUGUAGAUUGUGUCAAAGCAGCUUUACAUUGAUAACUGGUACAUUGUUUGACUGCACAGCAGCUCUUAAAGAAUAGUGUCAAUGCAGGCAGAUCAAAAGCACUGUUGAAUAUCAAAAUGUCAAGUCAAGUGUCCCCAACUAAGCAAGCCAGAGGCGACAGCGGCAAGGAACCCAAACUCCAUCAGGUGACAUCAGGUGGCAGACAAGUGGCAAAUUGGUGUUAAAAUGGAGAAAAAAACCUUGGGAGAAACCAGGCUUAGUCGGGGUGCCAGUUCUCCUCUGGCCAACAGUGCUUUGUUACAAUUCAGGUUGCUAUCAUAAGUCCAAUAGGAUCGCAACAUUAAAAGUAUUUAUUUCAGUUCCAUCCAAUUGAGGAUCGUAUUCAUCACGCCGGUAUGGACGGUUGUUGAGGAACUGUGUCGUGGCUGUCGUGUCGAUGAGGCCUUCACAGGGGAUGAUCUAGUUGACUCAAUCUCUGCUGAUACUUCAGGGCUGCGUUGUGGUCGUGUCAAGGUGCAGGUCCUUGGUCUCACCUGGAUACGGCCCGGAUCCGGUUGACUACGGUGAACCUCGGGAUAAACAGAAAGACUAAUAUUAGCGUAGAUGCCAUUCUUCUUCUGAUGUAACGAGUACAUCAGGUGUUAUAGGAAGUGUUCCCGGUUCCGGCUGACCUAAUUUAUGCAGCCUAAUAAUCCUUUAACGGAUUUGGAAAUAUAAAUUGGUAAUGUGUUAUGUGUAUGCCAGGUUAAAGAGAUGCGUUUUUAGUCUAGAUUUAAACUGACAGAGUGUGUCUGCUUCCCGAACAAUGCUAGGAAGAUUGUUCCAGAGUUUAGGUGCCAAAUAGGAGAAGGAUCUACCACCUGCAGUUGAUUUUGAUAUUCUAGGUAUUAUCAGCUGGCCUGAAUUCUGAGAUCGCAAUAGACGUGAAGGACUAUAAUGAAUUAGGAGCUCGCUCAGGUACUGGGGAGCUAAACCAUUUAGUGCUUUGUAAGUAAUUAGCAAGAUUUUAAAAUCUAUACGAUGUUUAACAGGAAGCCAAUGCAGUGUUGACAGAACUGGGCUAAUAUGGUCAUACUUCCUGGUUCUAGUAAGAACUCUAGCUGCUGCAUUUUGUACGAGCUGUAGUUUAUUUAUCAGGCGAGCAGAACAACCACCCAGUAGAGCGUUACAGUAAUCUAGCCUUGAGGUCAUGAACGCAUGAACUAACUGUUCUGCAUUUUUCAACAGCAAAUCAGCAUUCAGUCAUUUUCUCUUUCAAACAGUAAGAAUUCUUACUAAUAAUAUUUACUUGUUCAUAUAACAGCUGUGUCUCAAAACCAGUGAACUGCUACUAACUACAUGGGCAUCUAUCUUGACUAACAUUUAUAUUUAUGUAUUUUUGAUGCAUAAUUUUGAUCCAAAGCGCUUACAAUAGAGGAACAACAGCAAUUGGUCACAGAGCCAACAAUAUUCAUAGUGCACAAUGUCAGGUUUAUUAGAAAGCUAGAUUGCUACACUGCAAAUAUAUAUAUAUAUAUAUAUAUAUCUUUGUAUCUUUGUCUUGUUUUCCAGUACAAAUAUAUAAACAUUCUUAAAUCAAGAUACAUUUACUGGAGAAGAGAAAUGACUGAAGAUAUUAAGUCUUGUAUGCUGAAAAAAAUCAUCAAAAUUGAGUGAGUUUACGUUGAAAACAAGUGAGGUCAGAAAAAUAAAUGUAAUUCAAAGGAAAAACAAGAUUAUUUUUCAGCGCCCUAGCAACCACCCAGAGUAUCCUAGAAACCGCAUAGCAAACGAUUUAUCUGAGAGACUUAAAACCUUCAAACUAAGCUUUUAAAACUGAUUCAAACUUAAAACCUUCAAGCUUUUUAAACUCUCUCUCUCUCUCUCUCUAUCUAAACUAUUUCACACUUCAAGCUUUUACAAUUACUUCAAACUUUCAAGUUAGGCUCUCCCAAGCCAACAUCAAGGUUUGUUUAUGUUUAUUCAUCUAGUUGUGCUUGUUUUAAGCAUAAACUCACUUCAUUUUGAUUCAUAUUUCAGAAAACAAGACUUAAUAUCUUCAGUCAUUUUGCUUCUCCAGUAAAUGUAUCUUGAUUUAAGAAUGUUUAGAUAUUUGUGCUGGAAAACAAGACAGAAAUACUGAGUAAUAACUAUAUUUUUUGCAGUUGAUCACUCUGCACUGCAUGUGUAAAGUGAACCUAAUCGCUUUUACUGCAAGUAAUGAGUGAGAGCAUGAAAUACAGAUGCUUUCAUUAGUUUAAUAUUAGUAUGUUGCUCAGCUAAUAUGCUCAAUAUGGAGCAUAAUAUUAAGUGCAAUUACACAUUCUUAUUCUAAUGGGUCUUAUUGGUGCUUUUCAUUAUUGAAAAUAUUUUGUAAUUGUGUGUCAUCUUGGAAAUGUUUUGCUAGGCUUGGCACAAUGCAUUUUAGACUUUAUGUCAGAUUUUGGCAAAGAAUAAGUAGAGAAAGUAGUAUGAUUUCACUAGCUACAGUUUGAAACAGCAUUUGUAUCCGAUCAGAAAACCUUUUUAUCAGGUUUUGAGACACAGCUACUUGAGGUGCUUGGCUAACAUGAAAAUAUAGAAAUUUAUUUAUAUAUUAAAUUUAAUCAGGGAUUACUUCCAGUGCACAAUAUUGUUGAGCAAUUUAUAUUUUCUCUUGCCACAUUAACAAUGCACUGAAAAACAAAAUUGGUGUAGAAAUUAUUUUUUUAUUCAGAGUAAAUUUCACAAACAAUUACAAAGAAAAGGCAAGUAACACAUUGAAUUUAUGAAGUUGAAAGCCUGAAAAAGUAUUUUUGUUGUUGUUGUUGGUGUAAAUCAUGCUCCAAUAAUCUUUGGUAAACAAUGAGGUAAAUAAUGUAAACAGCGACUCGCAGCUUGUCUUUAGUAGAAACUGUGGUGAAAUAAAGUUAAUACAUUAGACUGAAUAUUGUUCACAUAAAAUAGUCUUAGAUCUGUUUAUGCCUUCUCUGUAUAUCAUCUCUCUUUUAUUUUAAUAAAUUAUUUGUCCACAUCAUAA